CCACAAAACCUGCCAACAGCAAUUAGGAAUAAGCACGAAUUCGAUGUCUUUCUGAAAACCUAACUACACAGUUUCUGAUUCUGAAAAUGUUUGUUAAUAUUUGCAGCUUUAGGGGAGUGGAAAUAAUCUCAGCUCUGACCGCAAGGCUCGAUUGAUAUAUUCCGCUGUAUUCUUCUAAAAGCGCGCGAUUAUAAAGAUUAACACGCACGUGAAUACUGGUGUAAAUAAAUAAAUAACGUGCGUAGUGUACCGUUUUUCAUAGUAAAGACUAAAGUUAGUUGUAGGAAAACACUAUGACGCUUAUCAGGGCGGAGUCCCGUGCAACGUUACAUUUAUUAUUUUCGCAUGCGAAACUCUACAUGCAGUAAACCGAUUAAACCUUGCUGCUGUAUAAGGUUUACUUUUAAGCUCCCUUCGCAGGGUGCUUCAAGGAAAAGUGGCGCCUUUCUUCGAAUGUGCCCUAGAAAAAAAACUAUUACGGAUGCUGGAGCCACAUAUCCAGAAGUCUGAAGUUCUGUCAGAAACGUGGGACACGUUUUAGGCUAAGGGGCAGAAGAGAAAAGGUGUAUAAUUUCUGAUGCUUGUUCUAAAACGUUGAUAGAAGAUAUAAACUGAACGUGCUACUAUCACACGAAGAAAUCGAGCUUCCCUGAGGAAUACUUUCACAGAAGUUACGGAUCCUCGUUACUAAUCUGAAUCACACUCUUGGAAAAGGAACUAAAUCAUGGAGACUGCCCUUCUCAUCUGUAUCUUGUUGGCCUGUGCUGUGGCAACACAAACUGUGCCUCCUACAAUACAAGGUCAGACUUCAACACGGCCUCAUCUGACUGGCUGCUUCUCACGAGAGCUGAUGACUUUCCACUGUCAGUGGGAGACUGGAUCCCUCCAGAACCACACAGAACUCGAGGAUCUGAGUCUUUUCUACAUGUUAAAAAAGGAUUCUAAGAAAUGGGUGGAAUGUCCAAGUUACAGUUCCAUAAAGAAAAAUGAAUGCUACUUUGAUUCCAGUAAUACCAUUAUAUGGUACCCUUACGUGGUCCAGCUGCGUUCACGCUCUCUUGAUGUUGUUUAUGAUGAAAUUUCCUUCAACGUGGAAGACAUUGUGUUUCCAGACCCACCUGUGGGACUGAACUGGACACUUUUGAAAAUGGGCUCAACUGGCUUAAUCUAUGACGUGGUUGUGAGUUGGGAUCCACCCCCAUCUGCUGCAGAGAAUGUGAAAAUAGGAUGGAUCUUGCUGGUAUACGAGACACAGUACAGAGAAAAGGGUUCAGAACAGUGGAACUCACUGAAUAAUGGCAAAGACACACAGGCGCACAUCUAUGGUCUGCAAAGCAGCAUUGAAUAUGAAGUCAGAGCCAGGGCAAAAAUGAGAGGCUACAACUUUGGUGUCUUCAGUGACUCCAUCUUUAUACUUGUUCCUAACAUAGAAUCAAGAAUUCCUAUUACAGCUGUGUUGGUCUUCGCUGCCAUUGGUAUCGCAAUUAUUUUGAUGCUGGUGGUAGUUUCACAUCAACAAAAGUUAAUGGUGAUUUUCCUGCCACCAGUCCCUGGACCAAAAAUCAAAGGAAUUGAUCCUACGCUUUUACAGAAAGGUCAAAUGAGUGAAUUCACGUCAAUCUUAGGCACCCAGUUGGGCUUGCGGCCAGAACUGUACAGCAACGAUCCAUGGGUAGAGUUCAUGGAGGUGGACAUAGACGAACCGCAUGACAGCCAGGAGGAGCUCCUCGUCUCUGAUUCGCCUCAAAUGUCCAGUAGUUUCAGGGAUGAUGACUCAGGUCGGGCUAGCUGCUGUGAUCCAGACCUGUCAGAUCAUGAUCAAACUGAUCACCUACAUCACCAUUUGCCCAGCAACCAUGAUGGUUUCCACCCAUUGACACGUGCACAAUCUGGGCCAGAGCAACCUGCAGCUGUCUGUCCACAAGACACAACCUGGUCAAACAGCCUUUACUCACAAGUGAGUGAUGUCACUCGAUGUGGUGAAGUUGUGCUUUCUCCUGAACAACAAGAAAUUCGGAAGGAUAAAGACCACAAUAAAAGGGAAGAAAUCCAACAGUUGGUAGUGAUUCCUGAUGAAAGAGGCUACACCUCUGAGUUUGUUGCCAGCACAAUCAGCACCAACCAAAAUAAACCAAACCCACCGGCAGACCAAUCACAGAAUCAAGAACCACACAGUGCAUUCAGAGACCUUCAAAUCCUGAGCACUGAAACAGUUACGUCGCCACAGUCCACUGCAUUUCCCAUCCUUGCACUGCCUACCAGUCCAGAGUACACCAUGAUAGAUGGCGUGGACUGGAAAAACAGUCUCCUCCUGAAACCUAAUACACCAACCGCUCCACAGAAGGCAGCGGUGACUUUGCCAACUCCUGAAGGGUACUUGACUCCUGACUAGUGGUCAACCAAUAUAUUGCCAAGGCCGAUAUAUCGGCUGAUAUUUGGCAUUUUUAAAUAUCGGCAUUGGGCAAUACGUUUUUGUGCUUGGCCGAUGUGUUCGAGGCGGACUUUUAUUUUUACGGUGCUGAGAGUGGCAGCGCUGUCAUUGAACAGUUUGUCUAAUAAUCAGAUAGAACUGUUGAACAAAUUAAUUAAAAGGUAUAC